AACUCUAGUUGGUAUAGGAAGUGCUAGAUCGCAUGCGCAAACUAUCGAAGAAGUCGAACACAGAAUAGUCUCGUUAGAUAGAGGAAAUAUGGCUGACUUGCUGUUUUUCAUAGAAAUGAUUACAGAUGAAGAGGAGUUAAUGGCGAUUUAACAGAAAAAAUUAUCUUGUAAUUGUUAAUAUUUGGACAACAUCAAGAGAAGGUCAACCCCCCAAAGUUCGCACGUAUGAAGAGGUUUUAAGUGAGAUAAAACUGUAUAGAAAUGUUGGCGAUUUCAAGAUUCAUUACAGAAUCGAUUUAGAAAUGUUUGAUUUCAUGUUGCGAGAACUUCAUAGAAGUGUAGAGCGCCAUAACCGAGGGGGGUCAGCACCUGUCCAGUGAGACCGAGAAACAGCUGCUUGUUUUUCUUAACUUCAUAGGAAAUCAACAGUCUAUUAGAGAGUGUGGACAUUUUUUUGGACUUUCUAAAUCCACCGUCCAUGAAAUUAUAAACCGUGUCAUGGACGUAGUUUUGGAUCUGCAAACGAGAAUCAUUCAGUGGCCAUCUGCUCAGAAACGGCAGCAAACUGCAAGAGAGGUAGAAGACAAAUACGGCAUUUCAGAUGUGAUAGGGUUCAUGGAUGGCACUCAUAUCAGACUUGCAAGUGCACCUGACGGUGACAGAGACUAUUAUAACAGAAGAGGUUUUCCAUCAAUGCAGUUACAGGUUGUGACCGACAGCAACAUGCUAAUCAUAAGUGCAUACACAGGGUGGCCUGGAUGCACCCAUGAUGCAAGGGUUCUGCGUAAUUUAACACUGUAUCAGAAAGCGGAAGAGGGCCAAGCCAUAAUUAACAGUCAUCACAUUUUGGCUGACAAUGCCUAUCCUUUGCGCAAUUGGCUAAUUUCACCAUUCAAAAAUUAUGGACACCUUACACCACAACAGCAGAGAUACAACACCAAACUGUCUAGUGCAAGACAAUCAGUAGAAAGGUGCUUUGCCCACCUUAAUGGAAGGUUUCGUCGUUUGAAGGAGGUGACAUUUCACAACCCAAGGCAUAUAGCAAAAUUAAUUAUGGCUGGGUGUAUUUUGCACAAUUUGUGUGUGAUCCACACUGAUGACAUUGAAGAGUUCAUGGACAAUAAUGCAAUCCUAGAAGAUGCAGAGAAUGAAUGUGAGAACAUCUACCAACAUGGAGUUCAUGGUGUGGCGAGGAGACUAAGACUUCUUCAACAAAUUUAAAAUAUGUGUGA